AGCGUCUGCUUUGUUCUGAACUGUCGUACUGACCGUCAGACUGUGUAUCUUGAGUGGUUGUGUUUUCGCUAUCGAGCAAAAUGUCUCAGGUGUAUGAAAACAUCUAAUUCGUUGGAGGAGGUGGAAACACUUCUCGAUCAGCUGAAAACUGUGGGGUUUUCAUACUGCGUGAGAAGUAGUCGUUUUAAAGAGCCUUCUUCAGAUGUUAUGAAAAGUAAAACAAAGCAUUUCUUCAAGCAAAUGCAGGGACAUGUCCCUAUCCCCUUUUUUGGUUGUGCAUUCGCAGUGGAGAGUGUGUGGUCGAGGCACUGUGUUUUGGGGCCAAAAUACUAUAAAAGUAAAGAGUCUAGUGUACCUGAGCACUUGGAAGACCAUGUGACUCCUCGUAAGAGAUUGAGGAUCAUGGAUACUAGAAAAUCCAACUGCCCAGCAAUUUUAAAUAUGAAGUGUAUAAGGGUGUAUCCUGAUUACAGUAUGCACUCAGCAACUGAACACAGGGAUGCCAAGGCAAAAGUUCUUGCAAGUCUACAGAAAGAUUUGGCAUUGCCAUGCCCGCCUAAGAGCUAUCUACGUUAUUAUUUGACUGCUUCCCCAGCAAGUACACAUACACAUGCUACUGAAAGUGUUGAAGCAAGUGGGUACAUAUGGUACAAAUAAAGUAUUGUUUGACGAGACUAGACUGCAGAAUCAGGUUGAUGAGUGGCACAAAGACUCGAGCAAUCACAUGAUUUAUUAUAGACAUUGUACGGGAGCCAAUGGAGAAGUGAAACCAUUACUUUUUUGCUAUCAGAGCAGUUGGCAGAGAGAUCUUUUGAAGAAGUAUGGGCGUAGUUGUUUGUUAGAUGCAACAUACAAAACAACAACAUAUGAUAUUCCUUUAUUUUUUAUAGCUGUGAAGAGUA